AUGGCGGCAUUUGACAUAACAAUCAGCCGCAACCCAGCCAAAAUGCGAGCUUUAUUGAAUUUGUGGUUCGCUGCAGACUUUAAGCCAACUUUCAUUUCAGAUCGAGCUCCACAGCUUGAAGGCUUUGAUGAUGUCGAGCUGCUUGGACCGUCAACGACGGAGACCCGUGUCCCGAUGAGAAUGUUCGAUCUUGACACCAAGAAUCUUGUGGAUUAUCCCGAUGUUGGUGGACUGGGUCAAUACUGUAUGCUGUCCCAUCGCUGGAUGGAUCGAGAGGUCGACUAUGCAUUCAUUUCCAAUGCGAGGUUACUGGACUUCAAUCGGGCGAUGCUGGAUUUGAAAGCCCGUGACGAAGGAGGUCCCAGAUCACACGAACAUGGACAAGAAGCAAGGCAGAACGAUGUCCAGAUGAUCAAGGCUCAAUGUGACGUGGAAAUCGAAGAGCACGAGCAGACAAUCAAAUCUUUGAUUAACCCUUCUUUGGACGAACUCGGGAUGCGAAGCUCACCAGACAUAAUUGCGGAGCUUUUGUUGAGGAGAACUAAAGUGAAAGCCGCCAAGCAAAUGUUAUAUCAAGCCAAGAAAGAUGUGGAUGAGAAAUUAUCGAAGGAAAGGUACGCAGAACUGGAGGAAGAAGUCUUCAGGGACCUGAUGAAGGAGAUGGGGAUCGCGGAAGAAGACGCUUCAGAGAUCAAAGAACUCGCUGAAAUGGAGAGUAAGGAGACAGAAGGAACUGAAAGCGAGACCUCCUCCGAAACGACAGCGCAACAGAUAGAUCCGAGGACAGCAGACGACAUUGGAUUCUUCAAACAUCACAGUCGCGUUCGUGAAGCCAUUGACAAAAUGGUAACUCUAUUGCAGCAACGGAAGUCAGCAAUCAAGAUUGAGAAGUCAAUCGAACAAGCCAAAGAUAUCCUGGACAAGAAGCUCUUCCCGAAAGGACAGAAACGGUAUCUUUGGCUCGAUACAUGUUGCAUCAACAAGUCCAACGAUCGGGAGUUCACAGAGUCUCUAUCGCUUAUGGGAGACUGGUACGCGAAUGCAGACUUCUGCUUGGUCUACCUCGACAAGACGAAUGCUGCUCAACAAUGGGUCGAAGAGUGGCAACACUUCAAGACGAAAAGCGCUCCAACAGCCAAUAUCACAAGUUUCCGGGACAUCUUUGGCAGCGAACCAGAAUGGUCCACGCGAGGAUGGACGCUUCAAGAACUUGUGAUGAGCAAGAUGACAUAUUAUGUGAACUCUCUAUGGGAGCCUUUGGGAAGGCCAAUUGAAAACAUUGGCGCGUUCUACUACUUUUGUCCAUUCAUCCAGAUCUACUGCAACGGAGAUGUCAACAAUCCAUAUGCCGAAGCUCUCGAUGUAAUCGAAAAUGUGGAAACACUUACCAACUUACUUCAUGAAUCAAAGGUAGAGGUGAGAAUUCUUGUUCAUGAAAACGUGUCAGAUGAGGGCGCGCAGCCCGAAGUCAAUUUCCAGACAGAGAAGACCAAAGUCCAAAUCGCCCAGACGCUAAUUACUAUGCUCGAAGUUCUGGGAGUGCAAAUUCCUAAGAAUAUUGACAUGGAUACUGCCAAGCCUCAGAUAACCCAGUCCAUUCACUUUGCCUCCACGAAAUUGGUCUCUGCACAGACAGCUGGCAAACCUGCCACCGACCUUCUCCUUGCACUCAAAACGAGUGUGGAAGCGUGCAUAUCAGAGAAGCUCCGCACUGAUCGAUUGGAACUAAGGCACGCGAAGCAGCUGAUCAAUCUGUUGCUUCGAUGUCUAGUCAAAGUGACCGAGGCUCUCAUCAAAGAGGACAGAAGAUACAUCGCAGAAUUUGGCAAUGUUCAGGAUCUGAGAACGUGGCAAGAUGGCACUGCGAGAAGCGGAUUUUCAACCCACAAAGUCAUGUCACUGGCUUGCAAGAGGAGAUGCUUUGUGCCGACAGAUCGUGCAUACUCAUUGAUGGGGCUUCUGGGUGUUAGAUAUCCUGUAUUCCAUGCUGAAGGUCUCAAUAAAGCCAUGGUGCGCCUGCUCGACGAGGUCGUCAUAUCCUCGAACGAUGUUUCUGUCUUCAACUGGACGGGAAAGCAUCUUGGAAGUCCGAUCAAAGGAAGGUCGUUGUAUCCCUCAACACUUGAAGCAUAUGCAGCACAAAAGAACGAAAUGCGACAGAUGGUGAAGAACAAAAAGCUUGCUGAGAUGCUACAGAUCCAGCGUUACGAGGUGACGGAGGUGUUCGUGGGCAUUACGAGCAUGCUCAGAGACGCAAUCACCUUCGUCAAGGAUAGUAAGGAGAAAGCGCUUCCUCUUGGAUGGUUGAAAGAAAUACUUCUAGUCGUCAAGGAUGCUGACUAUGCUGCACUUACGCCUCAUCUUGACAAUCUUGCCAAGAUCCUCAUGUGGAUUCAACAGACAUUCUCGCCUCAGCCGACUCUUGACGAGAAGGCUACGGGAGAUCCUGCUAAAAGCGAAAGCGAGAAAAUUGAAAAGGCGACAUCUUCAAGUAGCAGCAGUCUGCCAUUUGGCCUUCACGCUCCACAAUACCCCUCUUUUGACACCGCAUCACUCAGAACCAAGCUUGGGGAUAAGAGAACUGAACUCCAAUCAUCUAUAUCGUCACAGCUCACCAAGAGAAGCCUUAGCACUAAAGCAACACCAGAAGACCUCACUAAGAAGUGGAAUGACGAAGUGAUUGCGUACAUCAAGAACAUCGACCCUCCUAAAGAUGACACAACAACUUCGAUACCAGUACCAGUACCAACAGCAGAAUCAUCAAAUUCAGACCAAGUUACACUGAAACCUGCCACAGCACCUGAACUGCCCCAAGAAUUUCAACAAGUUCUUGCGGACAUCAAAACCCGCGAGUUCAUUCAACCAAACACAAAGCCAGAAGAAAUGGAAACGAUGAUCUCACCCAAUCCAAUCAUCGUCAACAGCUCAGGAAUCGAAGGUGUGUUCGACAUCCAACGAGUUGUAGUCACCAUGCUUCAGCCAGAGAAGCUUCGCAGGCAGAUCGAUAGUGCUGUGACACCACAUCAAAAGAUCACUGGCUGGUGUACCAUCAGCACAGGCUUUGCGUUGGUGAUGGUCGGUUUCUGUUGCGAGAAACGCAUCCUGGAACAGGAACUGAAUGUCAUCAAUGUUGUUGAGCACAAAGUUCUCAAAGAGGUGAAGAAGGAAGAGCAAGGGAGGAAUCGUUUGGCCAGGAGGACUACAACUUCAUCGGACAUGACCAAAGCUAUGGGAACUCCUACAUUGUCAAGUCCCACAUCUCCAUUGUUGGGUGGGACAUUGAGUCCUCAAACCGAGGAGAUGAAAGUAGACCAGAAAGAUGACAAUGAUGAUAUCGAGGAAGCGAAUCAAGUCACGCGGAUGAUCAAGUUCGUGCAAGAGCCAGACUUGAAUUCAAUAGCAGGCGAGUGGGUACUUGCACGAUUCUCUGGAGUUCCAGGUGCCAAGUGGUUUUUGUGUCACGUAGAGCUAGGUUCCACCCAUAACUUCUAUGGGCAUCGUAUCCCAACAGAUGAAAUCAACUUCUACGAUGCAAGCCCGGAGAUGGGUCUCGUCAAGUAUUGGGAUGUGUAUAUGAUGCGCAAGAAAACCAAACUGUGCGGUAUCUUCGAGGCCCUUCUUCAGAGCAAAGAUAUGGGUAACACGAAAGCUCAAAUGGCAGAGGCACUAGGCGAUCUGGGUCAUAGCGUUGAGGGUGGUGAGCCAGAUUCAGAUACAGAGAGCAAGCCUGCAAGCAGCUACUUCGAUCAGAAAUUAGAGCAAGGCGGUAUGCUUGCUAUGAAGGUCGGAGCAGGACUCUUUCAAUCACUCUGGGAGCUGCAAGCAGAUCAGUUGGAAAAGAAUCUCAAUGCUGCAGUGUUGAAAAAGAUUCCGGCCCAUCUUCAAGCUGCUAUUGAAAGUUUGAACGAGAAUAAGGAUCUGCUACCUGCAAUGUUUCAUUCGGCAAGGAGAAUCCAUAUGUUCUGA